AUGUCUAGGUACCACAAGGCAGCGAUCGAUGGCUACUUGGACCUGUUGAAGGAGGCCACGAGGAGGGACCUGAACACUGCGGACGAAGAUGGCAUGACUCCCACCUUGCUGGCUGCCUUCCACGGACAUGUCGAUGCUCUUCAGCUCAUAUGCAGCAGAGAAGGAGACCCCAACAGGAGCGACAUCUGGGGAAACACUCCCCUGCACCACGCUGCAGCCAAUGGCCACAUGCACAUCCUCAGCUUUCUGGUCAACUUUGGUGCCAACCUUUUCGCACUGGACAGUGAAUUCCACACAGCCAUGGACGUUGCCGCUUCUCGUGACCGAAUGGACUGUGUGCGUUUCCUAGACGCCUCGGCCUCACAGCAGACCAACCAAAACCCCAAGAAGGUUGCCACUCUAAAGAAGGAAGCCAUUAAGGAAGCGGAGAAACGAGUGAAACUCUGCGAGAAGGUGAAGAAGAAACACCAGAGCAAGAUGGACAAGAUGCAGCGAGGAGCGGGCAACACCGGGUCUGUGUCAGAGGCCAGCAUGGCAUCGUCACUCUCAAACAGUGGCACCAUGUCGGGCCCCAGUGAACAGUUCUCCGAGCUUAUUAAGGUUAAAUCAGGCUCUAUUUCAGCCAGGGUCAGAGGCACCCUCCAGAAGAAGCUUGGGAAGAAAGAGAAAGGCACAGUGCAGAGAUCAGGAGGAGAUGGGAACGUUAUCUUCCUCAAGCAGGAGAACGGAGCAUCUGAGAACCCUGAUUUUCUGGGUGUCUUCAGCGAGCAGGAUGAAAACAUAUCCGAUGAAGAAGGACUGGGAGGAUUUGAAGAUGAUUACAGUGAAGAAUCAGGCCAAGUCAAACAGUCCAUCUUCAACCGGCCCGGGCUCGGAGGUCUGACUUUCAUGAAGAAGAUGGGGCUGGAGUCGGAUGACCUGCCCAGCGGGAACAAUGAAAACCUUGGCUACCUCAUUCAGAACAAGCAGUACGAGGAGGCGGAAGAUGCGAGUGGCUUCGAGGGGAUGGGUGACGCUGAUCUGCCCUGGGAACAGGAAAAUCUGGGCCUGGAUGAUGAUGAAGAUGAGGAAACCUCUCCUCUGGAUGCGUUCUUGUCUGCCAUCUCCUUGCCAGAGUUUGCCCCCGCCUUCAACCGAGAGCAACUGGACCUGGAGGCGCUCAUGCUUUGCUCUGAUGACGACCUGAAAGGCAUUCGCAUCCAGCUCGGACCCAGGAAGAAGAUCCUGGAAGCUGUUGCUCAUAGAAAGAAUGCACUGGAGACUCCAGGCAUCAUGAAGGACAGCUGCUUGUGAUCCAAUAAAACAUGAAAAGUGAUUUAUGUUAAUGUUUGAAACUUAAAGGGAGACAGAUAUUUUAAAUUUUCUAUAUAAGACAAAGAUGAUUCAGCAAACUGUUUCCCCAAAAGCACUUCACCCAUUCUACAGUGAUCAGAUUUAUAUAGUUAUUUAUAGAGGAUUGUUGAUACAAACAACAUGACAAGAUAGUCUGGUUUAAAGGAAGAAGAAAACUAUCAUUAUUUAAGACAAAAAAAAAUGAAAAUAGAGACUUGGCUAGAUUAUAAAUCCACAAUAUCAGGGUUAAGACACUAGAUUCUGCCCAUUCAUGAAAUAACAGGGUAAGUGGCGGAUUUGGUUGAGCUGCUAUGUUUAUUUAUAUAAUUAUUUUUGACAUUCGACAAUAAAACUGUCAAAUUACAAAAAUACAAACAUUGUAUUAUGAAUUCACAUAAAAUCACAAGCAUACAUUGACAACAUUCCCACUGCUUCCCCAGACCAGACUAAAGGCCAUGCCAUGGUGCCAGUUUAUUUAUUACUCAACAUACUGACUUUGUAUAUGUUCCCUUUCUUUUAGAUAUAUAGUGGAUGGUCUUACUUGUGAUUAUUUUCCUAAAAACAAAUUUCAAAAAUGUAUGUCUUGGAAUUAUUAUUGUAUCUUGCCUCUUGCCCAGUGUCAACUGGGAUUGGCUCCAGUUUACCCCUCACAACCCUCAAAGGAUAAGCCGCAUAGAUAAUGGAUGGAUAGAUGAAAUUAUUAUGAUUAUUAAAUAAAUUGUUUUUAUUCUU